AUGACAUUAGCUAAACAUUGGAAAUACGGUAAAGACGAAGACAUUGUGGUUACCCAAUUGAGAGGGUUAGUAGCUUCUAAUCCUUAUGUGAAUUUAAUCCCAAGUGAAAAAGUUGUAUUUAACCCUCAUUCGGAUACUUCCAAAAAAAUUACCAUUAUCAGUGGUGGUGGUGCUGGACAUGAACCUAUGCAUGGAGGAUUUGUUGGAGAGAAUUUAUUAGAUGCUGCAGUUAGUGGAUCGGUUUUUGCUAGUCCUUCAACAAAACAAAUCAUGGCAGCCAUUAAAACCAAAUCUAAUAAAGAAAAAGGUACCAUUAUUGUAAUUAAAAACUAUACUGGAGAUAUUUUACAUUUUGGUUUAGUUGCAGAAAGAGCUAAAAGUGAAGGUUAUAAAGUUGAAUUAGUGAUUGUGAGUGAUGAUGUUGCUGUUGGAAGAGAACAAAAUAAGAUGGUGGGGAGAAGAGGAUUGGCUGGGACAGCUUUUAUUCAUAAAAUCUUGGGUUCUGCUAGUGCUACUAGUCCAGAUGUUGAUUUGAAAUCAUUGAGUGAUUUAGGUCAUGCCAUCAAUAAGAAUUUAGUAACUUUGGGAGCAAGUUUGGAUCGUACUUCAGUUCCGGGGAAAUUGGAAGAAGAAAUUGAAUUCACAGGAAAUGAUGAAAUGGAAUUGGGAUUGGGUAUUCAUAAUGAACCUGGUACUAAAAUUAAACCAAUUCCUAAUAUCGAUGAAUUGAUCCAAAAAAUGUAUCAUCAAUUAUUAUCUCCAGAAGAUAAAGACCGCCAUUAUGUUGAUUUUGAUUUCGAAAAUGAUGAAUAUGUGUUAUUGAUUAAUAAUAUUGGUGGAACUUCAUCAUUUGAAUUAUAUGCCAUUGCUGAACACGCAUUGGCUAAUUUGCCUUUGAAAAAGAAACCAAAGAGAGUUUAUGUCAGUGAUUUCGUCACAUCUUUCAAUUCACCAGGAUUUUCAAUAACAUUGUUGAACUUGUCAAAUUUGAAGAAAGAAGAUAUCUCAUUCACUGAUGAAGAUGUGUUGAAGUUUUUGGAUACUCCAACUAAUGCUCCAGGUUGGAAACCAAAAAUCUAUGAUUCAGAAAUUUGGGAUCUGCAAAAUAAAGAAAUUGAAUCGCCUAUGAAAAAUGAAACUUUAACAUCUUCAGAUCUUAAAAUUGACGGCCAAAAAUUUGAAUCUCAAUUAGUUAAUGCCUUGAAAGUUUUAUUGGAUGAAGAACCAAAAAUCACCCGUUAUGAUACUGUUGUUGGUGAUGGAGAUUGUGGUCAAACUUUAGCUGAUGGAGCAAACUCCAUUUUGAAAGCAUUAAAAGAAGAUGAUGAUUUUAAAUCAAAUUUAAAUGAUCCAGUUUAUACUCUUGGGAAAAUCACAGAAUAUGUUGAAGAUAGUAUGGGUGGGACUUCUGGAGGUCUUUAUUCUAUUUUCUUAACUGCUUUAGUGAAACAGUUGAAGCAAACCAAAGAAAUCAGUGUACAAUCCGUUGGUGAUGCCUUAUACCAUGCUUUGUACGAUGGGUUGUUCAAGUAUACCAGAGCAAGAGUUGGUGGAAGAACUUUGAUUGAUACAUUGCAACCAUUUGUGGAUGCCUUACAUAAAACUGGCGAUUUAACUAAAGCAGUUGAAGCAGCUAAUAAAGGUUGUGAAGAAACUAAGAAUUUACAUGCUUCAUUUGGUAGAGCAAGUUAUGUUAAUGAGGAAGAAUUUAAAGCAGAAGGUGGUAUCCCAGAUCCAGGUGCUGUUGGUGUAUUGGCAUUAAUCAAAGGGUUUACAGAGAAGUUAUGA